CUUUAACAACAUGGUCAUUAUUCCCAUGACCUACUCUUUCUAUAGUAAGUAGUUUAAAAAAUUGUUUUAAAGCUUGGGACUUCAAACACCCCUAGUUGUAUUUCUCCUCCAGCUUCUCCCAUCUCAGUAAAUGGCUCUAGUCAGUGCUCCAGCCAACACCUGAGAGCUUUCCUUGCUCCCUUUUGCUCAUGUCCCAAUUCCAAGUGCAUCAGCCAGUCCUGCUGGAUCUCCUGACACUGUCCCCACCCUAGACCAACCCUCGGUUUCCUCACCUGGACUCCUAGCAGUCAUCUCCUAAGUGGCCUCCCUGCUUCUGUCCACCUUUCUGAAAAUCCAUUCUCCAUAUCGCAGCUCAGGUAAUUCUAUUACAAAUAUUCAUCAUAUUACUUCACUAGGCCUGCUUAAUGCCUUCCAGCAACUUCCCGUUUCACAUAGAAUCAAAUCAAAACACUUUCCAUGGUCACCCCAUCUGACCAGCUCUGCACCGCUCUCCCCUUCUCACACUCUAAGGUCAGCCUUUAAACAUUACCACACAUUCCUGCUGCCAUGCCUUUCCACAAGCCGCUGCCUUUGCUUGGGGUGCACUUCCCCGCCCUUCAAGACAGACUCCCCCCAACCUUCACAGUUCACCUCAGAUGUCACCGCCUCAGAGAAACAUCUCCUGACCACCUAAGAUGCAGCCCCCACAGGAAGGAUUGUCACGUUAGCCUGUUGAUGCGCUUCAUUGCACUUUUCUCUAUCAGAAAUGAUUGUGUUCCUUCUAGCUUGUUUGUUUACUGAUAAGUGUGUUGCUUCCCACCAUCCUCCAUGCUCCAUGAAAGCAAGAACCUUGCUGGUCUCUUGUUCCCCUCAUAUCACUCAUGGUUGGGACAGGGUCUAGCCCACAGCACACUCUCAAUAAACAGUUGUUAGUUAGAUGAAGUAUGGAUGAUGGAAUCCUUAUCUUCCUAAUACUGUAUGACUUUGACUGAAACACUUAACUUCAUGGACUUCAGCUUCCUCCUCUAUAAAAUAAAGCUAGCAGAACAUCAGUUGUUCCUGGGAAUAAGUUAAUGGAGUAAAUGCGCGGCAGGGCAUGGCACCUUGUGUGACCCAUAGCAGAUGCAGAGUGAGCAGUCACCAAUGUCCCUUCCUGUUUUAUAGGAAAUCUUCAGAGGAACUAGACAUGGACAAGGUGACAGCAGCAAUGGUACUAACCAGUUUGUCAACCAGUCCUUUGGUUCGAAGUCCUCCCGUGCGGCCGAAUGAGAGCCUCAGCGGAUCCUGGAAGGAGGGCGGCUGCGUGCCUUCCAGCACCAGCAGCAGCGGCUACUGGAGCUGGAGCGCCCCCAGCGACCAGUCCAACCCUUCCACGCCGUCGCCGCCGCUCUCGGCCGACAGCUUCAAGCCCUUCCGCAGCCCCGCGCAGCCAGACGACGGCAUCGACGAGGCGGAGGCCAGCAACCUGCUCUUCGACGAGCCCAUUCCCAGGAAAAGAAAGAAUUCUAUGAAGGUGAUGUUCAAAUGCCUCUGGAAAAACUGUGGGAAGGUGCUGAGCACUGCUGCAGGUAUCCAGAAACACAUCCGGACCAUCCAUCUGGGGCGUGUUGGGGAUUCUGACUACAGUGAUGGAGAAGAGGACUUUUACUACACUGAGAUCAAGCUCAACACAGACUCAGUGGCAGACGGGCUGAGCAGCCUGGCCCCAGUCUCACCUUCCCAGUCCCUGGCUUCGCCUCCUACUUUCCCCAUCCCAGACUCAAGCCGAACAGAAACUCCUUGUGCCAAAACGGAGACUAAGCUGAUGACGCCCUUGAGCCGCUCAGCUCCCACCACCCUCUACCUCGUGCACACUGACCAUGCUUACCAGGCCACACCCCCUGUGACCAUUCCAGGAUCAGCCAAGUUCACCCCCAAUGGCAGCAGCUUCAGCAUUUCCUGGCAAUCUCCUCCGGUCACUUUCACAGGCAUUCCAGUAUCACCCACACAUCAUCAUCCAGUGGGCACAGGAGAGCAGAGACAGCACGCGCACACGGUCCUGUCCUCCCCACCCAGAGGCACGGUCAGCCUAAGGAAGCCCAGGGGAGAGGGCAAAAAGUGUCGGAAGGUGUACGGGAUGGAGAACCGAGACAUGUGGUGUACCGCCUGCCGCUGGAAGAAGGCCUGCCAGAGGUUCCUCGACUGAGAGGCCCCCAGGCAGAAGGGCUCAGCGCCCUGAGCCGAUCCUGGCCUGGCUUGCUGCUGCAGGUGUUGGAAAGAGCUUUUCCUGCUGAAUACAACACAGUCGAAGCCAGGAAAACCUUUUCAGGAACCUUGGAGGAAUAACAGCAAAAACAAAGAAAAAAAAUUUUUAAGUCACCACCUAUGACAGAAGAAAGUUGCUCUUACUAAGAACCCAGUCUGGAGCAGCUAUACCUGGUUUUUUUUCCUUCAAAAGAAAAGUCAACUUUUUUUGCUGUAUGUCUAGACUUAAAACUGUGGACUUCUGUAGCAAUUGAACCAACAAAGCCCAUUUUACCUAGAAAGUAGGCAUAUUUUGAUAAGCUUUCUGAAUUAUGCCAUUUCCAAGAUUUUUUUGACACUUAAAAAACCAGCUACAGGUUAUUCAGUAGCAUUUGUACAAAAAACAACACCUACUUUUAUUGUGAAUAAUCUUUUCCCUGUUUUUCCAUUUGACUUCUUGGAGCAGUAUACAUCAGGAUGUGUUGCAAGAAAGCGCAGCACUCUGGACACCUUUUCUAUGUCUUUUUGUUUUGUUUUGAAGAAUGACCCCAGCUGAACCAUGGUAGAGCUAUUAGCUUAUAGAGCCCCAGAUGGCAUAAAUUUGAGAAGCAAUUAUCCAUGGAAAUCACCAGCAGACUUCAGCCCCACACUGAGUUCAGGAAGUCCAGCUGUCACUGUUGGGAAACAUCUAGGAGUCUUCCUUGAAUCCCUAAGAAGCUCUUCCCCUAGAGGCAGCAGAGCUCGCUCUGUCUGCCUGCCGCAACUCGGUCAAGAACUGGCACCUGUAGCCAUCUGGGUAAGCCUUGAUGCUUCUUUCAGGGAUGUGACACAAAUGGCAGCUUGGAGCGAUUUGUUACUACUUGUCUGUCAAGAUUGUAGGCAGGUUAAUGGGUCAUUUUCCUUCUCUCCAAACUCCACCACUGACUGAUUUCAGAAGAGGUAGAGAACUCCAAGCUGUCCCAGUAGGUUUGCUUUAAACAACAAAGCACAGCCCACAUGGCCCCACCUGUUCAGAAAGUCAUGUUAGGCUGACAAACCACUUCCAUUCUGAGCGCACUUUUAUAGGUUUUAUGCUUUAGCAUGUCUGGGAGAUGAGUUAAUUAACAAUAUAAGCAUUGUGGGUAAAUGGAAGGUCCAAAUCUUAAUUUUUUUUCUUAUAAAAAUAUUGGAGCUAUUCAUUUAAGAAUUCACUCAAAAAGGAACAUACAGAACACCAAAAGGAGAAUGCAUGUUGGUAUAGGAAUUUCUCGAUUUAGUAGGGCAGGGGCUUGCACUAUGUUCCAUUUACUGGGCUUUGUAAUUUGCUUGCUUGCUUGUUUGGGAGGUAGUGGUGUGGGGAGAUGGGAGUCAUUGUCAAGCCGUAUAAAUAAGCUCAUUUUCUAUCUACCCUACUCUUGAUUGCCCAGCGAAAGAGUUAUUUCUCCUAUACCUAUGCAAAGUAGGAAGAGCACCUUAUAGGAGGCGCCGUUUAGGGAGAGGGGACAUGGGAUCAGCCAUAGGAAUGUUAAAUGAAAUUGCACAGGAGAGUUUAAUAUAUGUCUAGAGAUUGUACAUACACUUUUUAAAGAGUAGAUAGAAGUCAUCUAGUAAUGAGAUAUUCUUUUUAUAUAUAAUCAAAGAAAGUAUAAGGAGGUUCCACAGCGUGACAUCCAUGGUCUGUGCAUUCACUUAUUAUGGUAUUUUUAUUUUUUAAACUCUCAUCUAUUUUUUUUUAGAAAUUAUUCCUUGGAAGAGAUCCUGAUUUUUUUUUCUUUAAAAACAUUUACUUUAAGAGAAGAUUAAAAGAGCUUCAUCUAAUUUUGCAUCUUGAUUGCCAAUCAGUACUAGUUACAGCACCAGCAAUACUGUAUUAGACUUACAAGGUCAGCCAGGAAAUGGCAUUUUUAAAAAACACAGAAGUGUGUUUCUUUCUUCUACUCUCAAGUCCUUUCUUCUCCUGGUGUCCUGUCACCUCCCCUGCAGCACCACUGAUGUGAGAUGAUGCUCUGGCCUGGUCCAGGAAACCCUAAGUGAUAGGUAGAUUGCCCAGUGGCCAAAAUGACAGGGUAUAGUCCUGGACCAGAGGUUUUUCUCUUCAGCAAAGCUCCCUGGCCUAUGAUUAUUGGACUGUUACUAAUAGAAAAAGAUUCAAGUCAUGAAGUAUAAAAUCCAUCCCCCAUUCCAGAACUUUGAAACCGAGGAGGGAGAGAUCUUUGCUUUGGAACAGUCCUGGAGCAAAGCCUUGUGGCUUUUACCUCCAAAAGCCACAUAUACCACAUAAGUAGUGCUGAGCUAGCUCCAGCUUAGCUGAGCCCAGCUCAGUCCCUACCUGGUGUUCAGCUAGUACACAGGUGUAAGCAGAACUAUGGAGCUGAAUGUAGCUUCCCUGGGAUCUCUUCUCCUUUCUAAAGCCUUUUUCACACAGACAGCUUCAUAUUUCCUGCCUAAGUUGGGGCUCCUUUCUGCCUGCCAGCCCAGGUCUCUGUGUACUUUCUUUUCUGGCUUCAGGUGCAGGCAGACCCCUCAGUACCUUCCUGGACACAGACACAUAUUCCCUGGACCAAGGCAUAAAAUAACUAGUAGACCACCAAGCCACGCAUGGCUGGCCCUGAAGAAAAGGGAUUAUACUCCUUACAGGUCACCCAGAAAGCUAUAAAUUCUAAUACACACUGCUGAACAUGCAAGUUAGGGUCUGGUUUUUUUUUUUUUUUUUUUUACAUGUAGCAUUAUUUUGUUCUAUUUUGGAACUAAAUGAAGUGCCAAAUUAGCCAGACAUUCGUUUGAUGCCAUCUCUGAGGAACCAAGUUCUCUGUGUUCUUUUGGCUGGGAGGAGGGGAACGGCUGGGCAGAGUGUUCCCACAGCAGGCUGGCGGUGGAACUGGAGCCCCAGCCACUGCAGGGAGCUCAGAGGCCUGUCAGGCAAAAGGCAACACAAUAGAUUCUGGUCCCGAAAUAUUUCUAAGUAAGGCAUGAUGUAGCCUUUUGAUUUUUUUUUUUCCUGCAUUGACACCCCUGCCUUCAGAAAACGUUUCUCAUCUCUCUCCAAAGAAGUCAUUUCGUAGUGACUGAAAGGACAUUCUCCAGAAAGCGACAAAGCAGAGUGGCCAGCAGGCAGUGGUGUUAAGCCUUGGGCCUUCCCAGAAGAUGCGUGCUGCAUAGGUGGAGGCAGUGUGACAACCUGGAGAAAAUACACAGGUAGCCAGGGGGUCAGGGAGGAGGUACAAGGGGCUCAUGGACAUCUGGCUCCCACUCAUCUUCUUGGUGCUGAUCAGCUAGUGGUCACUGUCACUGAGCACCUCCCAGGGAUCUUCCAUUUUCUCCUCUGGGAGCAGCUGCCUGAAGCAAGGGGAGAAUGACCUGAAGGAAAGUACCUCCAGCCAUGAGUGCAGGGCUGCUGUGCCCAGCCCAAGUGGGCAUCUCUAGCAGACACAGACUUCUCUCCACCUCACUAGCUGAAAAGUGUCCUCCCUUGGUUGGCAAAAGCCAGUCAGGAAAGAAGCCGUGGGCUUCUGAGCAAGAAUGUGUGCGCUUAGCUGCAAAGUGCCCGUCAGCAGCUCCAGGCACCAACAAGGUGCCCUUUUCUUAGAAAAUUCCUCACCCGAACAUAACCAUGUUGCAGAUGCAAAUUUUUAAUAGAGAAUGACACAAUUCUUCACCUUUCUUUUAGAAAACUUUUCAAAGAGAUAGUCACAGGUGUAUUUGUUGCAAAAGAUUUUUGAAACUGAAAUGUCCUCCAUUAAAUCUCAAGAUCACUCAAGUUUCUUAAGUCUGCUGCCUCUGGUGUCACACUGAAGCCACACUUUUGAAAGCAGCCCUGAGUUCUGAAUUAGCUGGCACUGCUGAAUCCACGUCCCCACUUCAUCAGACUCCAAAGCGCAAAGGUUCAGAGAAAAGUGGCCAGAGUUGUACACAGAAGAGAGAAUCCCUUGAGAAUAGUAGCAAAAGACUGUAAAUAAUAUUCAUUUCCUCAGGGAAAAAUAAAGGGCAUGCAAAAAAUAGGUCUGGAGACUCCUAAAACUAGGAAGAAUUUUGUUAUCAUCACUAAAGUCUUUUCUAGUCAGAACAAUUCUUUUUUUCAAAUGAACAUCGUAUCAUUUCAAGACAGAUGUAUGUGAACUGAGCAGUACUGACAUUUGUGAGGCGUGGGGGAGUGCCCUGGGAAAAUAAGCUGUUUAGCUUGUAGCUGACCUAUAGCCUAAGGCUAACAUUUGAACUACAGGUGCAAUGCCUGGGGAGUAUUCAUAGACUCUUGUAAGGCUUUUUCUGAAUGUAAUUGUGAAUACAAAGCCUUGCUGAUCCUUUUUAUUAUUACUCAUUGGGUGACUGUUUAUUAGCUAUCAGCAGAAUUCUGUAAGUGAAAGCAAGCCCUGAGCGAUGUACAUUUUGCUUUAAUAGCAUGUUAGCAAACAAACUUCCAUGGACUCUUGUGGGCAAGGUGCUGCUUUUUCUCAUGACCCUGUAGAAUUGCUAUCGACCACUUCUUCUGUAGCAUUGACCUGUGUGAACCUGGGGAAGAAUCUGUGCAUACAAAUGAGUGGAAACAGAGCAGGAUUCAUGAAUAUGAAUGAGAAUGUGGAUCAUUUUGGAGAACACCCUGGGCACAUGGGUCAACUGGAAAUUUCAUUUCUCUAAGUAAGUAGCCCUACCAGCGGCACGGACUGUCCCUGUUCCUCGUACCUGUGGGGAUUCCUCCAUAGUGGAACUGUUUCUUGUGUCUUUUUUGCAUUGUAACUAGCCAAACCUGAAAUCAGUAAAUAAAAUGAGAUUAGCACUUUUAGGAACCAGUUGUAUCACUGAGUAAUGCACACCAAUAGAGCAAGAAGGAUAAAAUGUAUUUAAGACCAACUGGUUUACUUAUUAUGACUGACUUUGAAAAAGCCCAUAUCCAAUGAUAUACAUGCUUUAAACGGUAUAUCUAUCAUAGGACCAGGAGCCAAAAUGGGAAUUUUACUUCUGGUCCUGUUUUGUAAAUAGUUCCUUUUUUGAAGACAAUCUCAUGUUUUAUAACUUUUGUUGUGGGUCUGAGAAUCACAAUGGUAAUAUGUUGUGGCAAAAUGUAAUCUUUAAAUACAAAAACAAUUAUAACUUAAUUUUCCAAAUAAAACAAGAAAUAUACUGGUUAGGCUUCUACAGUUCUAAGAGACAUGACACUUUGGUCAUAAGCGUCAGUACUCAACUUCUUAAGUUAACUGGAAAUAUUUUACAAGAUGCAGUGUUUUGUAAUCACAAAGAACACAGACAUUUUGUGAGAAAUGACCUUGGUUUUAUACAUUGUAGCUUAUUUUUUAAAAUAUAGUAUUUUACCAGACAGGAAGUGUUAAUAUUAUAAGUAAUUCCUGCUCACCAAAGGGCUAUGUCUCUUUUAAGCAAAUGUUUUGAUGCAUAUCUUUUUAAUUAACCCUCUGCAGCAAGGGUAGAAAUACAGAUCAGAUGGAGAAUGGGUAUAAGAGAAUCAAGAUAGCAGCAGCUACUCCUUUUAUCAUUACUACUAUGUUUGCAAAGUAUGGAAAAAGAUGCCUGAAGAGUCAUUUUAUAUAUUUUAAGUCUAAAAAAUGUUAACAGAUAUGCUUAUAGGCCAUGGGAGAAAUAUUCUUAUAAAUUUUUUAGUGUAAAAUGAUAAAUUCUGUGUCACAAAGACAAGUUUACCACUUGACCUACCAGAACCACAAAAUACUUGCACUUAACCAGCAAGUAUCAUUUGGUGGAAAUUUCUAAAAUCAUAGUAGAUAGGCCCAAAGAUUGAAUUCUUAAGUGAUCAGUAGUGUUUAAAAUAAUUUUGUCCUCAGCACUAACUAUAACUGUAAUUUCCUCAUAAGAAAAAGUGCUUCCAAAAUAUAGUGGAGGGACAAAAAAAAAAAAAAAGAAAAAGAAAAAGAAAAUUAAAUAAAUAAAUAAAAACAAAUGCUUGAUUCUUCACUGUGAAGAACUAGCAGGCACACGAGGUUGUGAUCAGAAAGUGACUGCAUUCCCAAGAACCAGGAAACAGAGGGGAGCUGUGGAGAGUUUAUUAAAACUGCACAAAUAAUUCAGAGCUUUGCCAAAACCAUUUCAUAAUGCUGUACAGCUUUUUCAAGCCCACUCACUGGUAAAACAAGAAAGCAUCUUUUCUUUCUAAGAUUUUAGUAAUCCAAAAGCUGGCCUAAUUAGCCAAGGACGCAGAUAACAUCAAAAGCAAAGCUGAGAUAGAACAGCCAUACACCCAUUGGGCAGCUCUUAUGAUGUGGUCAGAAGGUCACUCAGACCUUGGUUUCACAUAGGCUUUAGAAUCUGCACAUGUGAGGACUAGAAACACACAGAGUUCAGAAAAACUGUGUACGGCCCUGGCUCUGGGUCUUUGAGAUGAGGCGUCCUGCAAAUCUCUGUUUUCACUCCUUGGAAUGUCUCCAUUAUUAGCAUUAAAGUCCCCAAGCAGUUUUUAUUGCUGUACAGUUUUGAACCAAAUGAGUCUCAUUUCCUCUUUAAAUAGAAGAUUUCCAAUUCUAUAUAGGAGAGGUUGUAAAUGUCAGUGCCUCAGAAGGACCAGGCAAGUUCUGUAAAUGAUUGAUGUGGAUCAGGCAAAGAGGAACACGAGAAUGGUGGGGACUACAUUGAACUGGAGAACACAUGCCCUCUUUGAAGGGAUGCCCACACUCAGCUCUAGACAAUCAGAACCAUGCAGAAAUCAGACCCAGGGCUGCUAGAUCGUCUGACUUGGAAAUAUGGUAUUACCUGACAUAGAAGUGUUGACAGCUAAUUCAAACUCUUGGCCCACACUGUGCAGACCAAAGAAAAGCUGUACAUGGGCAGAUGCAGCCUGCAGCCCCUAGUUUCAACUAUUGGGGAAAGUGGAUUUCACAUUCCGUGGUUGUCAGGUCAGAUUCAACCAUCAGCCCCACAAACUGGCAUGUUGGCACUAUCUGGGCAACUAAAAUAAAAAAGGGGAAAGAGGUCAUGUCUCCCCAGAAAUCAUUCUCAUGGCAGAUUUGAAUAUAGAUAUGCUGAGUUAUCCAGCGCUCUCACUCUGCCUCCUUUUGGCAUGCCCAGGCUGUGCCCCCGAGAGCAUCGAAUCACUCUUUUCUUAAUUUUUUGUUUUCUACCGUGGCCACUGUGAUGAGGGGCUGGCAAAGAGCAGCCUUGUGCCUUCUGAGAAGGCGGCCAGGAGCCUCUGAAGCUUGACACAAGCACACUUCGUUCCCGUGUAACAUUACCACUGCUUCACCUCUGAAUAGCAAAAGCCUUGCUUCAGAACUGGUAAGCACUUAGGUUAUUUUGGAGUGUCCACUAACCUCAAAAGGAGGUUUUUCCACAUACAAAACCCUAGCAUCUUUGAAGGCAAAAGCAAAAUGAGAAUAAAUGUGUCAUGAAAAAAGUUAGAAGUUUCUUCCUUCAUUUAGAUGGACUAAGUUAGGCUAAACUGUAUCUUACGUUGGAGUCCUGAUGAUAUUGGGAUAAUCACCCUUUCACAACACUGUUUCAUUUGAUCUUUAUAAGAACCCAGUGUAGAAUAGGAAUAGUUAGAAUCACCAUUACCCACCUCCAAGGCCAACCCAGAAUAGUCUUGAACCUGAAUCAGCCUCAGUAUUGUUUGCAAGGAAGAGGGCAAGGGCUCAUUAAAGGCCUGGCUCAGACCUUAGUCUUCCAGACUGACUAGGGACGUAAGAAGACCCAGGGACCCCACCAAGUUCUCAAACCAUCUUUUCAGUCCAGGCUUUUCAGCAUAGACAUGAAGAGCCCACCCGUUACUUAAUUCAUGUUGCCAAGUGCAAACUGAUUUAUCCCCAGAUGAAUCCCUUUACUGUAACGAAUCCCUAAUUCCUAAAUUCCAACCAAUUUGGUAGUUAAUUAUAGGAGCUUAUUAGCUAAAUGUAUGUUCUGAGUAAAAGUUUUGACUCCUUGGGGAAAAUUUCUUUCGCUGCUAGCAUACAACAUUUGCUAUGUAUAUAAACUUAAGUCAAUGCCAGAAAUUUUUAAACCAGCUCAAAUUUAUAAUCUGUAAUGAUCAAAUCAAAACAUACUGUAAACUCAGAGUUGGAAGUGCCUGGUAAUAUGGUUAAGUUGUGUUUAAAUGUGAAUGCAAUUUACAUGA